AGACUUGGAGCCAAAAUGGCAUCAGACUCCCCGCGCAGACCAAGCCGCUGUGCUGGAGGGGUUGUGGUGCGAGCACAAGCUGCCACUGAGCAGUCGUAUAUGGAGAGUGUUGUGACCUUCCUCCAAGAUGUGGUCCCUCAGGCAUACACAGGUGCACCCCCAACUGAUGAAAAGGAGAAAAUAGUUUGGGUCAGAUUUGAGAAAGCUGACCUCAAUGAUACGUCCCGCUCCCCUGAGUUCCUGGAGAUGCACAGUGGCAGCAGUGACCCUCCUCUCUGCCUCAUGAUUGGUUAUGCCGACGGGAUGCAAAUCUGGAGCAUAUCCGUGAGUAAAGACCACCUAUAUCCCCCAGGAGCUUUUCUCUGUGCGCCACGGACCUGUGAGAGCUGCCACAUCGCCGGCGCCCAUAUCAGUCCGCUGAUGAUUGAUGGUUUUGCGGACAAGAGGCCUCUCCUGGGGGUGUGCAAGAGCACUGGGUCCUUGGGGACCAGCCCCCCAUACUGCUGUGUGGACCUGUACUCUCUGAGGACAGGGGAGAUGGUCAAGUCCAUCCAGUUCAAGACGCCCAUCUAUGACCUGCACUGCAACAAGGAGAUUCUAGUUGUCGCCCUGCAGGAGAAGAUUGCUGCAUUYGACAGCUGUACCUUCACCAAAAAGUUCUUUGUUACAAGCUGCUUUCCCUGUCCGGGCCCCAACCUAAACCCUAUAGCACUGGGAGGACGCUGGCUAGCCUACGCUGAGAACAAGUUGAUCCGGUGUCACCAGUCUCGAGGCGGUGCCUGCGGGGACAAUGCCCAGUCUUACACAGCUACAGUCAUCAGCGCUGCUAAAACCCUAAAGACUGGUCUCACCAUGGUGGGAAAGGUGGUGACCCAGCUAGCUGGUACUCUACCCACUGGCGCCCCCGACGAGGAGGGUGCUACCCCCCACAGCACCACUCGCCGAAGCCCCCAUGCCCCCGGAGUAAUCACCGUCAUUGACACACACAACGUCGGAGAGGGACAGGUCCUGGUGAGUGAGGACUCAGAUGGAGAGGGAGUGGUGGCCCACUUCCCAGCCCAUGACAAACCCAUAUCCUGCAUGGAAUUCAACCCCAGCGGUAUGCUGCUGGUGACUGCAGACACCCUGGGCCAUGACUUCCAUGUGUUCCAUGUCCUCACACACCCCUGGGCCUCUAACCAGUCUGCUGUCCACCACCUCUACACACUGCACCGCGGAGAGACUGAGGCCAAGGUCCAGGACAUCUGUUUCAGCCAGGACAGUCGCUGGGUGGUGAUCAGCACACUGCGUGGCACCUCCCACGUCUUUCCCAUCAACCCCUACGGUGGCGCGCCCUGCACCCGCACACACAUGUCCCCCCGCGUGGUCAACCGCAUGUCUCGCUUCCAGAAGAGUGCAGGGCUUGAGGAGAUAGAGAAUGAACUGAACAUCAAGCAGGCUGGAGGAGGGAGAUGCAGCCCCAUCCCCGGGCUCUCCAGCAGCCCCUCGGGGUCCCCACUACACGGUAAGGAUAGAGGACACACUCGCUCGUACACAGAUGCACACGCACCAAGCAGAGAGCAACAUCUCCCUCAUGCUCUUACUAUUGCACAGUACAUAARACCCCACAAUACGCAACGUGUUCCUGAACCUUACCUCUUUGGGGCAGGAUGUUUUGCCAUUAAAACUCCAUGCAAAGCCAAGCCUCCCCCCCAGAUCUCCCCCAGUAAGUCUUGUGGAGGAGAGUUCUGUGUGGCUGCUGUCUUUGCUGCCUCACGCUCCUGGUACAUGACCAACCCCAACAUGAAGAGAGAGAAAGACCAGUCCAGCCGGUCAGUGGUGGAGUCCCUCUAUAUCCUCAGUUGCUAUGGUACCCUAGUGGAGCAUGUCCUGGAGCCUCGGCCAAUCAGCACAGCMCAGAAGAUCAGCGAUGACACACCCCUGGAGCUCAACACAUGUCCACGGGCCUGCUGGAGCCUGGCCAGGUAACCUACUUGGAAUGAGCUGCAGCCUCCCUUUCUCUCCAACCACCCUCUGGUGCUGGCCUCUGACCUGGUGCAGUGUUACCAAUACCUCCUGGCUGGAUUGGUGCCCCCUGGAAGCCCGGGUCCUGUCACGCGCCACGAGUCUUACGACAGCCUGACGUCGGACCACAGCGGACAGGAGGACGAGGAGUGGCUCUCACAGGUGGAGAUAGUGACCCACACAGGGCCUCACCGUCGGCUGUGGAUGGGUCCUCAGUUCCAGUUUAAGACCAUCCACCCAUCUGGUCAGACUACGGUCAUCUCCUCCUCCUCCUCCGUGCUGCAGUCCCAGGGCCCCAGCGACAUUCAACAGCCUCUGUUAGACUUCCACACGGAUGACCUGGACCUUCACAGUCUCAGGAUCCAGCCGAUGCGUUCUGAGCCGGUCAGCAUGCCUGGUUCCUCUCGGCUGGUGGCUGAACGCAGGGGACAGGGGACGGUCAUUGAUACAGGAUCAGGGACGUUUGACCGCAGUGUGACCCUGCUGGAGGUGUGUGGCAGCUGGCCAGAGAGCUUUGGCCUGCGUCACAUGAGCUCGGUGGAAUCCACCGAGGAGGGGCUGAGAGAGAGGCUGGCAGARGCCAUGUCAGAGUCACCAUCCAGAGACAUUGUGGGCUCUGCUACCGAGCUCCAGAGGGAGGGCAGUAUUGAGACUCUCAGCAACAGCUCUGGCUCCACCAGCGGCUCCAUCCCCCGUAACUUUGAGGGUUACCGCUCUCCACUGCCCACCAACGAGAGCCAGCCCCUCAGCCUCUUCCCCUCCGGAUUCCCCUAGAGGAGACUAGGAGACAGCCUGCCUACCACCCUACAAGACCUGGGGUCAAAUACUAUUUUAAGUCUUUCAAAUGCUUUGAGCGUUUGCUUUAGUCUGCCUGGGGUGCCUGGUGGGAGGGGGCUACAUUUUACAACUAUUCUAUUGGGUCCAACUAUUCUAUUGGUUCCAGACAAGCUCAAUAAAGCCCAGAUAAAGUAUUUGAACCCAGGUCUGCUACCUACCAUCCAUCCUACCGCUUCACACAGCACAGCCAGACAGUCCUGAUGUCUUCCGGUCUCUCGCCAUGUUGAUGUUCAUUAGGAUGUUAUUGUGAGCAGUGAUCCCCUUUUCAUGUUCCCUCCUCUCUCUUUCCAAAUCCAGGAACUGUCCAGUGUUACUCUCACCUACCGAUGUGUUUGUGUUUCUGUCUGUGUGUGUGUCUGUGUGUGUGUGUGUGUGGGGUGAUGUGUCACGUCGCGUGUGUUUCAUUUUGGGUGUGUGUGCUGCUCCGUGUGUGUGUGUUGUUUGCCUGUGUGUAUGAGUAGUGAGAGAGAAGGCAGAGUGCAUUGAGUGAACAGUUUGUGACUCAGUCCCUCCUCUGUGUGUGUGUGUGUGUGGUGUGUGGUGUGUGUGUGUGUGUGUGUGUGUGUGUGUGUGUGUG